AUGAAGAAUACAACAUCAUACAGCAUGCUAACCAGCUGUAAAACAGAAGAAAGACACUGGUUCUCCUUCUUGGCUUCCAGCUUAGUCACAUUUGGCGGUGGAUUUGUUGUUAUCCUGAUUCACAAAAUCAUAACACUCUUACUCUUCAACAAGAAAAGUAGCUCUCAGGCAAGUAAUCAGACAAAAACAGGAAGUGUUGACCAUAAGAACAACUUGAAGACUUCUGAUCCAGAGACAGGAUGGAUGACAGAAGCGAAAGACUGGGCUGGUGAAUUGAUUUCUGGGCAGACUACAACAGGACGUAUUCUUUUUGUUGCAGCAAAUGACAAACUAUGGUUUUGGGUGGAACUCUUCUCUUUUGUGGAUUAUUUUACCAUCCCUCCAUCAUUUGUAGCUAUUUACUUGGACAGAAACUGGUUAGGUCUCCGAUUUUUGAGAGCCCUUCGGUUAAUGUCCAUACCAGAUAUACUGACCUAUUUAAAUGUGUUGAGGACCAGCACCGUGAUACGCCUGGUACAACUGAUUGUCUCCUUCAUUUCAUUAUGGUUUACAGCCGCUGGCUUUUUACACCUGCUGGAAAACUCAGGCGACCCUUUCUAUGGCUUUACAAACAGCCAUCACCUGACCUACUGGGAGUGUCUUUAUUUUCUCAUGGUUACCAUGUCGACAGUGGGCUUUGGAGACAUCAAUGCUACAACUGUGCUGGGCAAAAUGUUUGUUGUUAUCUUCAUUAUGAUAUUCAUUGGAUUUUUUGCUAGUUUUGUGCCUGAAAUUGCUGAGUUUUUGGAAAACAGAUCAAAGUAUGGAGGUACUUACAAAAAGAAAAGAGGCAAAAGGCAUGUGGUUGUUUGUGGACAUAUCACAUUUUACUCUGUGUCCAACUUCUUGAAAGAUUUUCUACAUGAAGACAGAGAAGAUGUUGAUGUUGAAAUUGUAUUUAUUCAUAA